AUGGAUUAUGGUAAGCUUCGAGCUGCCGCACUCAGCCAUGGCGAGGACGAGGAAGCUGUCACGGUGGAUACCAGAGCCUUGAUAGACAAGGUGCUUGCAAGAUACUCUGGAGAGUGGACAACGUUGAGAGAGCUCAUCCAAAACGCCGCCGAUGCACAAGCAACUACUGUCAAGAUCAAAUGGGAGACACUGCCCUCGACACAGGUGCCUCUUCCGACGAGUCCUGACCGGUCCGAAAUACUGAAGCAUGUAUUGCAACAUCAUACUCUGCGGCGGCUGGUAGUCUCGAAUAAUGGCCAGCCCUUUACAAAGACCGACUGGGGAAGACUGAAGAGGAUCGCCGAGGGAAACCCAGACGAGACCAAGAUUGGUGCGUUCGGUGUUGGAUUCUACAGUGUAUUCGCCGACUGCGAGGAACCAUUUAUCAGCUCGGGGAGUGAGGCCAUGGCAUUUUACUGGAAAGGAAACGCUCUAUUCACAAGAAAGCUACUGCUUGACGAGGACCAAAAGACCAAUGAUACUGCAUUUGUCCUCGACUAUAGAAACUCAACAACAACGCUGCCGAACCUACUGUCUGUCGGUCAGUUUCUUGCGACAAGUCUGACAUUCGUCGCUCUUCAACACAUAGAAUUCUGGAUCGAUGACUACCAAGUCCUUUCCCUGCAUAAGAAGACAAGCCCAAGUGUCGACGUCACUCUGCAUAGAGAUAUUGAAACAACCACCAAGGAUCGGCUUAUGAAGAUUCAGAAGGUUGAGAGGGCCAGUGCCCAGAUCGAUGCUUCGUACAUGAGUGCCCUUGGAUGGAAGCCUCCGGUUGCCUCUAGAUCGAACGAGUCCUAUGGCAUGGGAAAUACCGAGGUUCCAUCCUUGAGGAGCUUUUUCUCUAGGCUGACGGCCAACACAGCAACAUCCAAGGCCAGGAAAGUUGCCAAGGAGGAGAAGGCUGUCCAGGAUGCCAUAUCGGAAGAUAUCACUGCAGUCUCCAACUCGAGUAUCUUCCUCAGAGUUACUACAGCAAGUAUCAAGACCUCGGUUACGGCCAGCUUCUCCGCCGAACUGGAGCGAGCUACCAAGAAACCUCCCCCCAAGGUCACGAGACUUGCAAUUUUGACUUCUUCAUACGAUGAACUACAAGCGUCUGAAAGCUCGACACAGUCCGGCGCACUCUCGAAGGCCAUUGAUGUGUUUGCUUCAGUGUUACCUAGUAAGAAACCUGGCGGUCGUAUCUUCAUUGGGUUUCCAACUACACAGACCACUGGUGCGGGUAUGCACAUAUCUGCUCCCUCUGUUAUCCCCACCGUAGAACGUGAGGCCAUUGAUCUGAACGCGCGCUGGGUGAGGAGCUGGAAUAUUGAGAUGCUGCGAGCAGCGGGUAUCAUGACGAGGCUGGCCUUUGCCAAUGAAAUGGACGAGCUUCAGAAAAAGCUUCAAAGGUCUAUGGAACAACCAGGAGCAAAGAUCAGCCAGGGGGUGGUGGCUAAGCACAUGCCCGAAGCCUUGCACAUUCUGAAUUCGUUCGCCUUUGGUGAAUCUACACCAAGCGCCCAGGUCUCGCAGAUUAUUGAGGAGGCUUUUUGGACAUCAUACAAGAAAGCUCAUGUCGAAAUUUACAGCACUCGCGGGGUGCGUAUGACUACUCAAGUUCGUCUUGGUUCCGAGGAGCUUACCAAAUUUGUUCCUGGCGUUCCGGUUAUCCCACCAGAGCUGAAGGAUAUCUCCUUCGUAAGGAAACUGAUCUACUAUGAUUUGCUUUCAGAAAUAACCGUCGAUGAUGUCAGACAGGAGCUGUCAGAAUAUCCGAUGAAUAAAGACCAACUGAUGGCGUUCCUUCAAUGGGCAAGCAGAAAAGCUGCCCGAGAGGAGCUCAGUCCUACCGACAGAGAUCGUCUUCUUGACGCAGCAAUCGCGACUCUAGGCGACCAAAGCAACCAGGGUGGGAUUCUGACUCUGGGAAGCAUCAAGACCUUUAUCAUCCCCAGCAAAAUCCCCGCAGGUCUGCCAGUACCACCAACGACGAUUCCUUUCGAGUUCACCAAGCAGAUCAACAUCAAUGAUCUUCGAGCUCUGGGUUGGGAGUCUUUGGAGAUUGUCCCAUGGCUUCGAUUCUUACUGGAAACAAGAUCCAGUCGGCCAGACAGCGAAGACUUUACCAAAACUCCCGACUUUGCAGUGCAAGUUUUGACAGUUCUUUCCAAAGGCUGGGAUGGUCUUAGUCCCAGCUCAAAGGACACAGUCGUAUCUCUGCUGAAAGCAAAUACUGUCAUGCCAACCAAACUUGGCAUGAGGAAGCCUGCCGACUCCUUCUUCCCUACUGUGAAACUAUUUGACGACCUGCCAACAAUAUCUCAGCAAUGUUCUGGACUCCGGGACAAAUUCCUGACGGCUUUGGGCGUUCGAAAGACAGUUGCACUUGAGAUAAUCUUCCAGCGUUUGCUCAACCCGUCAGAGGGACAGGCGCAGUGGAGUCAUGUUGAACUGAUCAAGUACUUGGCUUCAGUCCGUGCAGACAUACCCAAUGAUGAUCUCAAGAAACUCAAAAGUUCACGAAUCUGCCCAGCCGAGGCUGGCCCGCCAGGGCUUGAGUUCUCAAAGCCAAGCAGCCAACUUUAUAGCGUGUCUGAAUUACUUGAACCCAAUGCAGCGUUGAGGCCGCUCGGUGUCAAGAUCCUACAGUGGCCUGGGCUAUACCGUGCCAGCUCUGCAGAAGGCAAAUUCCUUACGGCACUGGGCUUGAGAGCAUAUCCUUCGGCUCCUGAACUAGUUGAGCUGAUGUGUUCAUCUGACAAAGAACUCCGCAAUCACGCCAUGCAGUAUUUUGUCUCCAACCAUGUCACCAAUAGAUAUGGGUUGUUUGACAUUGGCUCCUGCGGGAAAGGCUUUCUUCCAUUGGAAGGGAAAGAUGGGAAUCUUGUCUCUCCAGGGAGCUGCUACACCAAUGAAGCUGCAGCGGUCCUGGGCUUCAAUAUCCUAAGAAGAGAUUUGCAUGAGCAUGCGCUCAAAUUUGGCGUCAAGAGAGAUCCGCCGAUUCAAGAUUGCGUGAACCGCCUGCUCAGAAACAUCCCUCAGACGUCGCAAGCAGCCAUCACGGUUUUCAACUACUUUGCGACACGCGUCAAUGAAUUGGAUAGAAGCAUCAUUUCUCGUUUGCAGGAAACGCCGAUAGUGCCAGUGGUCCGUCGGAAGCUACAAUCGGAUGUAUCAGAAAAAUCCAGUAACAGUCUUGUUUCCCACAUCAGCCCGAGGAAUUGUUAUCUUGGCAGUUCGACUACGUACGGUGAUAUCUUUGACUUUGUUGAUUUCGGCCAGCAGGCAAACUCUUUCUUGUUUAGUCUUGGGGCCAAGAGCGAGCCCACCAAGCUGGAGAUUGCUCAUAUGGCAGCUGGCGAGCCAGCCCGCCUGCUUAGCGUUUUCCAGAGCUCGGAGAAGUAUCUGAAUCUGCUGAGGUCCUUGGCUGAGGAUGCUCACACUCUGAAACGAGACAAGGAGCUGUGGCGAAAGCUGAGGACGUCUCGAUUCUUGCUCGCAUUCAAGGAAAUGCCUACGGGUAAAGGCAACGCAUCCGACCUGGACGAGGAUGAUGUACCUGUCAGACAGUAUCAGCUGGCCUCGCCGGAUCAGAUUGUGAUCCUCGACGACUAUAUAAGCUAUCGACUGUUCAAGGAUGGCCUUCUUUGUGCGCCUGAAGAAGAGGCCCUAGAAGCAUUCUACGUUGCACUCGGCUCUCAAAACCUUGGUAGCCUUGUCACAGACGACUUGAGGGUUGGUGGCCACAGCGAGAGCCAGGAUGGUGCAGUCUGGCUGCGGAAACAUGUUAUUGAAAGGUCCAAGAUCUUUGUCCACGAAUAUUCCAAGCAUGCACGCGAUCCUAUCAAGCAUGACAUCAGAUGGCUCGAGAAGAACCUGGUCGUUGAGGUCGUAAGAUCUCUUGCUCUGCGUCGCACUCUCCGGGGCCAUGGACAGCCCAACACGGAGAAGAAGUCUGCUGCCGCGGCCAUGACAAACAAGGGUCUUGUUCUCUAUGUUGCAUCAGACCGACCGCGCCCUGACAUGUAUCAAGUUGGCCAUGCCAUCUGCCAGCAUAUUCUCCAUCGUCCAUCUCAACAGGCCUACACGUUUUUCGAACCCUUUCUGAAACUAGAUUUGCUUGAUCUGCGUUCCCGCGGAUACAAUGUUGACCGCAUUCUCCGCGUGAAGGCAGCAGAAGCCAGGAUAGCAGAGGAAGAAAAGCGCAAGGCGUUGGAGGCUGAACAAGCAAGAUUGCGAGAAGAGGCCCAACAACGUGCCCGAACGCAGUCAACUGCAGAGCAGGCACCGACUCAGCGUCCAUCAACACCACAAGAGAGGCCUAGGAUGCCAGUAAUGCCAGGCUCCUUUGACAGCCCAGAGGAACGUACUACGCCACAGGCCCAAGCUCCCGCCCCUGACCUUCCUCAAUGGGGACGUAAUUUGUUCUCUAACAUUCAGAAGCGAUUGGGAUUAGAGGAAGGCCGUGCUAGUGGUGAUGGGUCAUCGGUCGACGACAGGGGCAAAAUCGAGGAAAGAGGGAAAAAUACCAAGAGCUCUAUUCAGCAGAGCGGCCUGUCAAAUGUUCAAGACAAUUUGCAGGCGGCUGUCAAUUCUACGAGGCCUUUCAGCUCCUCCACCUUGUUCAGCCCGCCUGUCACUCAAGAUGUCCAGGAACAGGCCACCUACUGUGACAAUAUACCCCAGCAGGAUCUCGAACUCGCUGCCGAGGCUGCCAAUGGCAUGCCAGUUUUCCUCAUGAGAAAUCUCAACAUGAAUGCGCAGCAGUUCAUCUCGCAGAAUCAUGAGAAUAUCAAUACGUUUGCUGUUCUCAUUCGUCAUGUUGGCGAAGUUUACUCGGUAAAAGCUAAAGCGCUCCACAUGUUCUAUGACGAUUCGGGCACGACGAUCGCCUUCAACAGUGGAGGCAGCAUCUUCUGCAAUCUGCGAUAUUUCAACCAACUACACGCAGCGCACAUGACAGACGGGCAAAAGCAGGCGGAAGCAGCUAUUUGGUGGUGGGUUGUUCUUGCUCAUGAGCUGGCGCACAAUAUCGAGAAGCAGCAUAAUGCUCAGCACAGCUUUUAUACCGAGAGCUUCAUUCAGCAGUAUUUUCCAAAGAUGAUGCUCAAGGCGGAUGCUCUAUCACCAGCAGCACGAUCGCUAACAACAACCCCAAGCAGUCAGCCGCCACCAUAUAGUAAGCAUUAG